CGAGCCUACAAUUGUACCGGAAAACUUCACAGUUGGUUGGAUCUGUGUUCUGCCCAUCGAGCUGGCAGCCGCGGCCGAGAUGAUGGACGAGGAGUUUGCCGACCUACCCUGCAACCCGACCGACUUUAAUAUCUACUUUUUCGGCCGCAUCGGAAACCAUAACGUCGUGGCUGCUUACCUGCCAGCCGGUCAGAUGGGUACGAACCAAGUAGUUGUUAUUGCCAGCCAUAUGAACGCCAGCUUCCCCUCGUUGCGAUUCGGCGUUUUGGUCGGCAUCGGUGGUGGAGUCCCGAACCUCGAUGCGGAUAUUGAUAUUCGGCUCGGCGACGUCGUAAUCAGCCAGGCUGCAGAUUAUUAUGCUAACGGCCGUGUCGCUCGUACCGGCAGCCUUAACGCGCCGCCGAGGAUUCUUUUCAACGCCUUGGCUAAGCUUCGUGCCAAUGACUUCCGGGACAGGACGCAAGUCGUUGGGCAUCUAUCGAAGCUUUUUAGCCAGCCAAAGUUCGCAUCCCCAGGUCCUGAAAAUGAUAUGUUUUAUGAAGCAUUAUUACAGCAUAAGGCCGGAGCUACGUGUGUGAAAUGCCGGCCGGAGGAUAUGGUUGAUAGGGAAACGCGUACAACGACAGAUCCACGGUUAUUUUUUGGCACGAUUGCAUCUGGUAACCAGGUGAUGAAGGAUGGAUUAACGCGCGAUAGAUACAGCCGGGAAUUAGGUGGUGUAUUAUGUUUUGAGAUGGAAGCGGCCGGCCUUAUGAACAGCUUUCCAUGUAUUGUCGUCCGUGGGAUUUGCGAUUAUGCGGAUGCGCACAAGAACAAGCGUUGGCAACCGUAUGCAGCAGCAAUUGCGGCAGCAUGCGCAAAAGAGCUUUUUUCUGUCAUACCUCGAGAAAAGGUCCUCGAGGAGAAGCUUGUUCGACAAUUAAUCCCUACACGUUACGACAGCACCGAUAUUCAAGAAAGCCCGAGAUGUGAAAGUCAAACUCGGUUUCGUGUUCGAGAAACCAUAUAUAACUGGGCAGACGAAUGUGCUGAGCCUUUAUUUUGGCUAGCUGGCCCUGCAGGGACCGGAAAAUCGACCAUCGCACGCACUGUGGCUGACACGUUCUUCAACGAGAAACGACUUGUUGCUGGCUACUUCUUCAAAAAAGGAGAACGGGGCCGCAAUGACACGACGCGUCUGUUUUCCACACUCGCUGCGCAGUUUGCCGAAAUAAUUCCUCAUUUCAAAAGCUGUUUUCAGAAAUCCGUUGGCGGUUUUGACAGAGACGCGGUGGAAAAGAAGGGCUUUGCCAUCCAGUUCGAGAAGCUGUUGUGGCUCCCUUUGGGUGAUUUACCUCGAAUUGACGCGAACCACGGAUCUUGGAUAAUUAUUAUCGAUGCUUUGGACGAAUGCGAGUAA